AAUGGGCGGCGGGCGGAGCGGAGCGGGAAGCCGAGCGGGCCCAGCCCUCCGACGGCUCCCGGGGCCGCAGCGCCUGCUCUGCGCCCUGGAGUCGGCGGCCGGUCGCCUCCCCGGUUCCCGCGCAGGCCCUGCGAGCCCUUGGGGCGGCAGUGCGCCCCGAAGAUGCAGGAUGGCAGCGCGGACGCCCGCCAGCCCGUCCUACUGCACCACCGGCUCCACCUGGCUGCAUCCGCUCAGCCAGCUCCUUGGCAUCCCGCUGGACCAGGUUAACUUUGUGGCAUGCCAGCUCUUUGCCUUAUUGACCGCUUUCUGGUUCCGGAUCUACUUGCAUCCAGGGAAAGCCAGCCCUGUGGUCCGGCAUGCAAUGGCCACCAUUUUGGGCAUUUAUUUUGCUGUGUUUUGUUUUGGCUGGUACUCCAUACAUCUUUUUGUGCUGGUGUUGAUGAGUUAUGGCGUCAUGGUCACUGCAAGUGCAUCUAAUAUUCACAGGUACUCUUUCUUUGUCUCGAUGGGAUACCUUACGAUAUGCCACAUCAGCCGAGUAUACAUCUUCCACUAUGGAGUUCUCAGUACAGAUUUUUCUGGGCCUUUGAUGAUUGCCACUCAGAAGAUCACAACCUUGGCUUUCCAAGUUCAUGAUGGGUUGGGUCGGAGAGCUGAAGACCUUUCCCCUGAGCAGCAUCGACUUGCUGUAAAAGUGAAGCCAUCUUUUUUGGAAUACUUAAGCUACCUUCUCAAUUUCAUGAGCAUCAUAGCUGGCCCUGGUAAUAAUUUCAAGGACUACGUAGCUUUCAUUGAAGGGAGACAUAUACACAUGAAGUUGUUGGAAGUGAACUGGAAGCAAUUAGGUUUCCACAAUUUUCCAGAACCUUCUCCCACUCGAGCUGUGAUACAGAAGUUGUGCCUUACUUUGAUGUCUCUCCUUUUGUUUUUGACGCUCACGAAGUCCUUCCCUGUCACCUUCCUUGUUGAUGACUGGUUUGUCCAUAAAGCCAACUUUCUGACUAGACUGAGCUACUUAUACAUUGUUAUGCAAGCCGCAAAGCCCAAGUACUACUUUGCAUGGACAUUAGCUGACGCAGUACACAACGCAGCUGGCUUUGGGUUCAGCGGCAUAGAUGAGGAUGGGAAUUUCUGUUGGGAUUUGCUGUCCAACCUGAACAUCUGGAAAAUUGAGACUGCCACAAGUUUCAAAAUGUACUUAGAAAACUGGAAUAUUCAGACAUCUACUUGGCUAAAAUGUGUGUGCUAUGAGCGGGUUCCCCAGUACCCUACGGUGCUCACUUUCGUCCUGUCUGCUCUGUGGCAUGGCGUCUACCCUGGAUACUACUUUACCUUCUUAACUGGAGUCCCUGUCACAUUGGCAGCUAGAGCGGUGAGGAGCAACUUCAGACAUCGCUUCCUUUCUUCCAAAGCUCUCAAAUGUGUUUAUGAUGUGGUUACCUGGGCCGCCACCCAGCUGGCUGUCUCCUAUAUUGCUGCGCCCUUUGUCCUACUGGCUGUUGAACCAACCAUCAGUUUAUACAAAUUUAUGGUUUCUUCCGUCCCUGGCCUGCUCACCUUCCCUUGCCCUCCUGAAGAUGAUGUAGCCAUGUACUUCUCCCGUUUAUAUCCUUCUUCAAAAGAUAACCGUGUGUUUCUAUUCCUAGGUCCAUGUACUUUUCUUUACACAUCAUAAGUCUGUUGAUAAUCCUGUUUCUGCCCAUCAAGCCUCGUCAUGCUCCCAGGCAGCCACAGACUCUGAAUUCUGUUCAUAAGAAGGCAAAUUGAUCUCUCUGAGGGAGGCUGAGCAGAACACCUGCAAGACCUUGGGAAGAAGAUGCUACGGAAAGGCUGUUGGACUCCCCAGUGACUUAGAGAAAUGUUUACAUGUUUUUUUUCUUAACUGCAGGGAGCAUUUUUAUAAAGCCUCUUUUGUUGUACAGUUAAGUCACCGUGUCCAGCUUACUUAUCUUCAUCCUGUUUGGGACCCAGGACCUUUCAGUGGGGCAGAGGGCAGAGAACAGGCCACUGGCCCUUUGCUAGUCUGAAAUCAUUUCCAGUCACUGGACUCUGUGUGCGGGGACCCAGAUAUUGCCUCUGGAACUUAGGAGGUCACUGCUGAGGUGAAUUGUCAGAGAUUUCUGAAAUCAGAACAUUCCCAGGCAUGGGUGUCCCUUAGAAAGCUCCAGACCCUUGGACCUGUGACUUAACAGUUUGUGAAUAUAAUAGACAUGCUCAGAAGCCCCCGGACAAUAGUGACUGUGGAGGGAGGUUUUGCAAGUUGUUGAAAACCCCCCAGACUGGGAAUAUUAACCCUGGAUGCUUGAAUGAAUUGAUGUGCCCUCAAACAGGCUGCAUGCCCCUUUCCCCAGGAACAUACCGUUCCCUCUUUUUCCUUCCUAACUGAGCCAAGAUUGGAAAUCAGGAAGUCUCCUGUGUGCACCAGGAGCCUGGGUAGACUGCAGGCUUCUGUUUACCUGCUUUCAUCUGCUUUACCCUUAGCCCUGAGAAGACACCCAGAUCUUGAUAGCAUUGUAGGCAGCCACCUGCCUUUGCAAGAAAUAACUGCUUAAGUAAUCUGAGGUUACAGAGAGGCACGCUCUUCUCUCCACACUCCAUGGCGGUGUCAGUGACCGGGGCCAAUGUGUGCACAUGAGCUGAUUGUAACGGGUUAAAUCCAGCUUUAUUUUGGGUGAAUUGUUGUGUUGGGUAGCUACAACCAAAAAUCAUUCUUUGCUCUGUCCUCGUUAUGAAUGUGCUACGGCUCCUUUUGAGGACUUCUAUCGGGUAAUAUUCUGUGUGGGUGAAGGGAAUAGAAUAUUAAAAUGUGGAAAAUUAUAAUAAUAAAAUCUAUGCAUCAAUGAUGUACCUCCAUCAAAUGGUCUGUGAGGAGAAAAUUAUUCAAAUCAGAUGGUAAAAAAGUUAGCCU